CCAGUUACGUCUGACUGUAAAAAAUAGAAACUUCCAAGAUGGCCGAGGCCGUGGACUCCAUGCAUUUCGCAGCAAACAGCAAAACAAAUUCCCCUAAACCCCUGAUAGCCAAACGACCGCCGGAGAGCCGACCGCAGUGUUCCAGCGACAUCUACCCACCGCCCCCUAAGAAGGUCCGCGUGGAGGAGAAGGGCCUGAAGCACAGGAAACUGAACGGAGAGGUGUGCGCAGGGGAAAAACACAACGGGAAGCAGAGUUGUGGGAGCCCAGCGAAAUGGAGUUUCGGCCCGGCCAAGGCGAGCCACUCCGCCGCCACCGCGGUCCCAGCUACUCCCGCUCGGAAAAUCUUCAAAAUCAGCAACUUCCUCGCGUCGCCUCACAAAACGAAAAAGGCGAAAGAGAAACGGCACAAGGAGAAGGAGAAAAGCACCGAGGCGCAGCGGAGCUCCGCCGCUGGUGUGGAGAGAGUGAGCCCAGCUAGCUGCCAUACAAAGACCGAGAACGGCGACGUGAAAAUGCUACAGAGAGAUCACCACGUGAAGGAGAAGGACGGAGAGAAGAAGAAGGAAAAGAGCAAAGAGUGGAAGAAUCACACGCUGACACCUGUAACGUUACAUGACUUUGCAAGAGAAAACGGAGAAGUGAUGUCUCCACAGAAAGAGUCUAAGGAGAAGCCCAAAUCUGGGUCUGAAGAAGACCUCCUGCUGAAGAAACUCAAGAAGAAGAAGAAAAAGAAGCACAAAGAUGGAGAGCGAGUGAAGGAGAGGCACGGCCGACCCAAAAUGUACCAUCGCUCCUGCCAGACAGUGUGUUCAGGAGUGUCUCUGGGUCCGCCUGAGUUCCUCAGUCGAAUUAAUGGGAACAGCAGCAGUCUACUCCACACCUCCGCAGCACCACCACCACCACCACAACAACAACACCACCACCACCUCCACCAGGACCCUCCUGUUACUGCCGCUAUUUCUGCCUCCAUCUCCUCCAUGGUCAGGGAAAGACUCGGCUAUAGUUCCCCUCUCCACUGCGCCCCGGCCCCGGGCCUGUCGGGUCUGGAGUUCGGUCGUCUGAUCCACAUCGAGCAGCAGGCCAACGGAGGAGCGUCCGUGGCGCACGCCUACACCGAGCAGCUCUCCGGUCUGUCUCCGGCUGAGAUGCAGCGGUUCGCCCAGGAGUUUGUGACCCUGUCGUUCAGCGAGGACGAGGCCCAGGCCGCGUGUUUUGUGAUGGGAAUCAUCCACGGGGCGGCAUCCUACCUCCCAGACUUCCUGGACUACUUCUCCUACAAUUUCCCCAAUGCGCCAGUAAAGAUGGAGGUGCUCGGGAAGAAGGACAUAGAGACGACGACCAUGGUCAACUUCUACUCUCAGGUGAAGCGGACUUAUUCCCAGGGAACGUACCGUGCCGGGGCCAUGCGGCAGGUCAGUCUGGUCGGUGCUGUGGACGAAGAGGUUGGAGACUACUUCCCCGAGUUCAUCAACAUGUUAGAGGAUUCUCCCUUUCUGGAGCGGACUCUGCCCUGGGGAACGUUCUCCAGUCUACGGCUGCAGAGCCACACCGAGAGCGAUGACGGCCCCAUAAUGUGGGUCAGACCGGGAGAACAGAUGAUCCCUAUGGCAGACAUGCCAAAAUCACCCUUCAAAAGGAAAAGGUCCACCAAUGAGAUAAAGAACCUGCAGUAUCUACCCAGAGCCAGUGAGCCCAGGGAGAUGCUGUUUGAGGACCGGACGAGAGCCCACGCUGACCACAUCGGUCAGGGGUUUGAGAGGCAAACUACUGCUGCCGUCGGUGUGCUGAAGGCUGUCCGCUGCGGAGAGGACAGUGAUGCUCCCGGACGGAUCACCAAAGAUGUUGUGUGUUUCCACGCUGGAGAUUUCCCAGAUGUGGUCAUGAGGCUGCAGCUGGACCUCCACGAACCUCCGCUGUCUCAGUGUGUACAGUGGAUCGAUGAUGCCAAGCUGAACCAGCUGAGGAGGGAGGGGAUCCGAUACGCCCGAAUCCAGCUCUACCACGAUGAUAUCUACUUCAUUCCCAGAGGAGUUGUCCACCAGUUCAAAACCGUGUCCGCUGUCUGCAGUCUGGCCUGGCACAUUAGACUCAAACAGUAUCACCAACACGAAGCGAAGGAGGAGGAAGACAAGUGUGCACCUAGAGAAGAAACGCUUCAUAUCAAAGAAGAGGAGGAAGACGAAGAUGAGGAGGUUGAGAGGAGGGAGUGUCAGCCUGCUGUACGGAUGCUGAUGAAGCUGGAGGAUGAGGACAACGAGGAAGAGGAAGGGCCGCCCUCACACACUCCGACACAGAUUUUCAAGGAGGAAGAGAGCAGAGCCGAGCUAAAGGGGUUGUCGACGACACAGUCUGGACCUUUCGUCAAGAAGGAGAGAGAUGAAGGUGUUCUCACUCACACACUCAUGGAGCCUAAACCCGAGGAAGAAGAGAAAGAGGAAGGAGGGGGAGGGGGAGGUGCAGACACAUGCCAGACACUGCAGAAGGGCCAUGAGGAGGGUGCAAUGGACAGUUCGUCCUUAAAGUCACUACAGCAGAUUAGGAGGGAGAGUGAUGUGGAGGAAGAGAGGCAGCAAAAGACAACUGUACCAGGUCAAGGUGUAAAGGAGAAAACUAAAGAUAGUAUCAUGAGCACUUACAACUCCCCACAAAUUAAAAAGGAAAAAGAUAAAGGAAAAAGAGAGAGAGAUGAAAAGGAGCGGUUUAAAGAGAAGAAGGAGAAGAACGAGAAGUGGGCCAAGGAGUGGGACUUAAAGACGCAACCCCACGUCAAGAGAGAGAAGGAGCACGAUAAAGACCGGGGAGGAGCGCAGGGGGCGUCCCUCUUACGACCAAACAGAGAGGAGGCCCGGGACGCCUGUUUGCAUAAACACAAGUCUUCACACGGGAAGAAGGAGAAAAGCGGUCACAGGGAGGGCAAAGAGGGCAACGCGUCGAGCACACAGGGGGUGCAGGCAAAGUCAGGCAGAGAGGACGGGAAAACGGGCAUUCCCAAACCUGCAAAUAUUCAGGUUAAGAAGGAUGGAAAGAAGGAGAAAGACAUCAACAGUAAAGAGGAGAGGAAGAAGUCUGGUCCUGCGCCACCAGAACACAAACCACCACGGACACUCAUCACCUUUGACCUCUUUAAGCCGAUGGAGGCUCACCGAACUCUGGCCCUUUCCUUCACAGACAGUCGGCCUAAGACCCACCACCACAGUGACUCUAGAGGCUCUUCCUCCAAGCCCGGAUCUGACAAUCGGACAGUUGUGCCCUCUAAAGGUCCAAAAGUAAAGGACACAGUGCAGGGGAAACCUGGCACACCCCUACAGGACACUCGGCCGCAGCAGCACUCGUUAAAACAGCCCCUAAAAACACACACCCCCCAAACACAGAAAGACUUCUUAAUAUGA